AUGCCUCGACCAGGGAAGAAUUCAUACAGUGACCAGAAACCUCCCUAUUCCUACAUCUCACUGACAGCCAUGGCCAUCCAGAGCUCCAGCGAAAAGAUGCUGCCCCUCAGUGACAUUUACAAGUUUAUUAUGGACAGAUUCCCCUACUACCGAGAAAAUACCCAGAGGUGGCAGAACUCUUUGAGACACAACCUCUCCUUCAACGACUGUUUUAUUAAAAUCCCCAGAAGACCUGACCAGCCUGGGAAAGGGAGCUUCUGGGCUCUCCAUCCAGACUGUGGGGACAUGUUCGAGAAUGGGAGUUUUCUGAGGAGAAGAAAGAGAUUUAAGGUGCUCAGAGCAGAACACCUGGCCUCCAAAAACCACCAGAUGAUCCACUAUUUCCAUAACCAACACAACCAAACCAAACUGGGUCUUGCUUCUUCUGAAGGUGCCACCAUGGCUGGCAUUGGGAGAUUGCCACAUUUCCAGCCUUAUAACAUCAAUGGGAGCCAGUCUACAGGAUUUAGACACCCUUUUGCUAUAGAGAACAUUAUUGGCAGAGACUAUAAAGGGGUUAUGGCUGGUGGUCUACCCUUAGCAUCUAUGAUGCAUCACUUUGGAUACCCUGUACCAAGCCAACUCAGCAACAUGGUCAGUUCAAUGUGGCCCCACGUUGGCAUGAUGGACUCCAUGACAGGCAUGGCAGUGCCACAAGACUAUGGACAUUUUGGAGUGCCCAUGAAAACUAUUUGCCAUGCUUCUGGUCAGACCAUCCCUGCUGUACCAGUGCCCAUAAAGCCAACAGCCUCUCUGCCAUCAGUGUCUGCUAUCCCAAGCCUGGCAGUAAACCCAUCCAGUAUGUGCCCUUCACAGACUACCCAGGCUGGGGUAGCUGUGUCCCUUCUGGCUCAGUCCUCUGCCAGCCACCCAGAGACCAAGGGCACCAUGUUGCACUCAGUGCUGGUCCACUCUUAA